AUGCUCCACAGUAGUCAGUCGAACGACCACAGGAGAAGGACCCUCAGAGCCAGAGCCUUGAGGACUUGGCUUCCUGUAAGAGGAGUUGGAGACCUCAACGUUGGCUACCAGAGGUUGCGGUUUCUUGGCCUAGCCACCAGGGGCUCAAUGAUGAGCGACCUCGACUACCAAAACAAAUCAUGCACCACGCCCUUAAAGCUGUUCGGGUUCAACAUGACCGACGACCAGGACCCGGACGACCCCUCCCUAUCGCCGGACUCCGGCAGCGCCGCCCGGAAGUACGAGUGCCAAUACUGCUGCCGCGAGUUCGCCAACUCCCAGGCCCUCGGCGGCCACCAGAACGCCCACAAGAAGGAGCGCCAGCAGCUCAAGCGGGCCCAGAUGCAGGCCGUCCGCAGCCCCAUGGCCUCCGCCUUCGCCCCGCCGCCCCACCUCCUCUCCCCACCUCCCUGGCUCUACAUCCCACGCGCCCCCGCGCAGCCGCCCUUCCACAGGCCGGCAGCGGGGGAGCCCAUUGGGCCGCAGCAGUCCGUGAAGGCCCAGGCCCACAACGGGAUGUUUGAUGGGCCCUCCCUCAGCAGGUUUUCCAGAGGGGAGGAUGAGGACGGGUUUGGCCUGGAUCUGCACCUUAGCUUGGCUCCAGCUGCGCCGUAA